GCGCACGCGGAAAGCAGGAAGCGCGCCAUUGAAGAACCACAACGUGAAUAUUUCGAGUUCCUUGUCUUCCUUCGAGUGAAACGUUUUGACAAUUGUUUUUAGGACAACAAAGCGUAAACCCACAAAGCUUAAACCCAUAACGAGGAUGGCGUACAGAGGACAAGGACAGAAAGUCCAGAAGGUUAUGGUGCAGCCAAUUAACCUUAUUUUCAGGUAUCUACAGAACCGCUCUCGUAUCCAAGUGUGGCUGUAUGAACAGGUGAACAUGCGGAUAGAAGGCUGCAUCAUCGGCUUUGAUGAAUACAUGAACCUGGUUCUGGAUGAUGCUGAGGAGGUUCACAUGAAGACCAAGAACAGGAAGCCCUUGGGGAGGAUCAUGCUGAAAGGAGAUAACAUCACCCUGCUACAGAGUGUAGCCACCUAACUCAACCCAACAGGACCAAGUCCAUCCAUCUCCAGCCGACAUACAUUUUCUAGGAUAUUUCUUUCCCCUUUUUGGUAUUUUUUUUUUUUUUUACGUUCGAUUUUUUUUGCUAACAAUAUUGAAGCUCAAUGGUGUUCGUAUUACAUGAAUAAUGUAAUUGUUUAUUUUUGCCAACUAUUCCUCUGUAAUAAAUGUUUUGUUAUCUGAAAUA